CGGCGGUGUGACGUUGGAAUCCCGACCUUAGGUGGUGCCACCUCAUGAAUCCUCGCCCAGAUCGGAGUUCCUGUGUAUGACUCUACCAUGGACCACAUCAUUUGCUGCCUGCUGGUCCUGGGAACCACAGUGAUGUUCGCCCAUGCAUGUCCCAAGUACUGUGUGUGCCAGAAUCUGUCCGAGUCCCUGGGCACAUUGUGUCCCUCCAAAGGUCUUCUCUUCGUACCGCCGGACAUCGACCGGAGCACGGUGGAGCUGCGGCUGGGGGGGAACUACAUCCUCCGCAUUACCCAGCAGGACUUUGCCAACAUGACUGACCUGGUGGACCUGACCCUCUCCAGGAACACCAUCAGCUACAUCCAGCCUUUCUCCUUCGGCGACCUGGAGACGCUGCGCUCACUCCACCUGGACAACAACCGGCUGAUGGAGCUGGGCCCGGAUGACUUAAGAGGCCUGGUCAACCUGCAGCACCUCAUCGUCAACAACAACCAGCUCGGGCGGAUUCAUGACAAGGCUUUCGAGGAUCUGGCACCUGCCUUGGAGGACCUUGACCUCUCCUACAAUAACCUGAUGUCCCUGCCAUGGGACUCCGUACGCCAGAUGGUCAACCUGCACCAGCUCAGCCUGGACCAUAACCUGCUGGACUUCAUCCCUGAGGGCACCUUCACUGACCUGGAGAGACUGGCAAGGCUGGACCUGACAUCUAACCGCCUACAGAAAUUGCCCCCGGACCCCAUCUUUGCCCGCGCCCAGGACUCAAUGAUCCUCACCACUCCCUAUGCCCCCCAGCUGUCCCUUAGCCUCGGUGGGAACCCACUGCACUGCAACUGUGAGAUGUUGUGGCUGCGACGGCUGGAAAGGGAUGAUGACCUGGAGACCUGCGCCUCGCCACCUACUCUGAAGGGCCGUUACUUUUGGUAUGUCAAGGAGGAGGAGUUUGUGUGUCAGCCACCCCGAAUCACUCAGCACACCCAUAGGAUGCUGGUCUUGGAGGGGCAAACGGCCAGCCUCAGGUGUGAGGCCAUCGGAGACCCCGCCCCUACCAUCCACUGGAUCUCUCCAGAUGACCGGCUGCUAGGCAACUCCUCCCGCACAGCGGUGUACAGCAAUGGGACCCUGAGCAUCACUAUCACCACCUCCAAGGACUACGGCACUUUCACUUGUAUUGCUGCCAAUGUGGCAGGCGAGUCCACCGCCUCCGUGGAGGUGUCAAUCAUCCAGCUCCCCCACCUCAGCAAUGGCACCGGUCAGCCGGCGCAGCCCAAGUCCCGCCUCUCUGACAUCACGGGGACCACUAGGAUCAGCAAGGGGGCUCCCAAAAGCCAACCAGAGAAGGCUGUGUCCGUCAGCGAGGUGACAGCGGCGUCGGCACUGGUGCAGUGGACGGUCAGUAAGUCGGCCCCCAAGGUGAAGAUGUACCAGCUCCAGUACAACUGUUCAGAUGACGAGGUUCUCAUUUACAGGAUGAUUCCGGCCUCCAGCAAAGCUUUUCUGGUGACAAACCUGGUUUCUGGAACCCACUACGACCUGUGUGUCCUGGCCGCCUGGGACGACACGGCCACCACCCUCACUGCCACCAAUGUUGUGGGCUGCACCCAGUUCUUCACCCAAGAUGACUAUACCCAGUGCCAGUCUCUUCCCAGCCAGCUGCUGGGGGGCACCAUGAUCUUGGUGGUUGGGGGCAUCAUCGUGGCCACCCUGCUUGUCUUCAUCGUCAUCCUUAUGGUGCGCUACAAGGCUGGGGAUGGUGAGCAACCGGUGGGAAAGCUGACCAUCGUCAGCGACACACACUCUCAGACCAAUGGGGGUCGGCUGGGGCAGAAUGGAAUGCUCCUCCCCCAGCCCCAAGCCCCAGCACAGCCCCAACCUCCACCCAAAGUCAAAGCCAAAGCGACGGUGCAGGACGAGGUGGUGGAGUUCAAGUGUGGCUCCCUCCAGAGCAGCCUCACCUCCUCCUCCUCCUCCUCAUCCUCGGACUCACUGGCCGGGGACUCUUAUAGCCCAAACAGCACACUAGCCAACAUCUGGAGGUCGGCGCCCUCCAAGCCUCGGCCCAACCUGGACCACCUCCUCGGGGCCUUCACCUCGUUGGAGCUGCGGGGACCACAGGGCCGAGAAUCUGCAACAUCCAGUAGUACAGCACCAGCAGUGGCCAAGCCCCCCACAGACAGGGAGCCACUGCUGGGCCGGAUGCUGGACUCUAGGCUCAGCCGGCUUCUCAUGCUCCCCAUGGACUCCAAGCCAAAGAGGAGCCAAUCCUUCGACAUGGGGGACGUUACGGCAAUGGGCGCUGCCCAGCUGUGCACUUACCCACGGAGGAUCAGCAGCAUCUGGACUAAGAGGAGCCUGUCAGUGAAUGGCAUGCUGCUGCAAUGCGACGAAGAGGGCGACACGGGAGGGAGCAAGGGAACAAUAGACAGCGCCGACUGGGUGAUGGAGAGUACCGUCUAGGAAAGACGGGGGACAUCACACUCCCAUCAAACACUGCCCAUAUGGAUGGCAGAGCAGCCAUGCCAAGACAAACCCACCACCUGUCAAAGAGCCCUCCCUCCCUGCUGUGCAUGAAACGCAUCCGUUUUUGUUCUCCGCUCAUCUGCGGAUCUAUUGGAGUUGCACCGGAGUGGUAACUCCUGCAGAAGGAGGGGAAGAGUUCUGUACAAUACGACAUGUGGGGGCUUCAUAAUUAUGGCCAAAUCUUAACUGUGGGAAUAAGACCAUUGAAUUGUUUUGUAUAUAUAUGUGGACAGAGUCUUGUUUUAAGCCAGACAUCGUUUUAGUGUCCAUCAGGACCACAAAAGGAAGUGACAGAGUGAUAAACUCUGUGACCACGCCCUUGGACUAUGCUGUGUAAAGUUACAUGUAAUACAAAUAAAGUUUUAUAUUUUUAAUUUGCUGGUCAAACAGAUUACCCAUCGCUGGCCUCCCAUCUGCAUACAAGCAGGAUAAAGGCUGGUAUUUACAGUCCGAAGUCUUAAUAUAAAUCCAUCCUCAUUUCUAAUGAAAGAAACCUCGCAGAACCGGGUAAAUCCAACCCUGUGCAGUAAGGUUUACCUGGUACUGGUCCAGUGUACAUAGGUGUGAUGCUACGAUUCAAAAAGAAAGGAGAAAAGAUUUGUUGGCGGAAGCGUGACGUGACUCUAUUCAUUUCUAUACAGAGUAUAUAUUUGAGGGUGCACUGAAUAAUUCUGUAUGGUGUCCAUAUUAAAUUUUAUGUGAAUACAUAGAUUAUGAAGUAAAUCAGCUCCU